UGUAGCUCAACGAUUCAUAGCGUAUUCGUUGUCACAUGUAGCAAAAGAAUAUUUUCUACACCGACGUGGAAAACAUUCAGCUAUGUGUGCUUUCAUCUCUCUUCUGAUCAAAGUAGUUUAGAUCUUAAAUGAUCAAUUCAUUAUUGUUCAGUUAAAUAUUAUUUACAAACUACAUUAAUUUGAUCAUUCUAACAACUGAUAUUUAUUGCAAGAAUCCAAAUAACAGUGACGAAUUUAAUUUGAUCGUUCCAUAAAACAGGCAACCUUACUUAUCAUCAUUAACCAAGAAUUUGUUAAUUGUUCGUACAAUUAGAUAACUUCGUCUAUUACAAAAUGAAUAAUAAAAAUAUCUAUAAUAAAAAUGUGGUGCCAGAGGUACCAAAUUUAGCAAUUUAUAUACCGAACUUUAUAAAUAAAGAGGAAGAACUAGAAAUUGUGAAGCAUGUUAAGAAUGCUCCAUUACCAAAGUGGACCCAGUUAAGUCAUCGUAGGCUACAAAAUUGGGGUGGUAUCCCACACCCCAAAGGUAUGAUAGCUGAAGAUAUACCAGGCUGGCUUCAAAAGUACAUUAACAAAGUAUCAUCCCAUGAUAUUUUUGAAACAAACAAAUUACCCAAUCAUGUGUUGAUUAAUGAAUAUUUGCCUGGACAAGGAAUAAUGGCACACUCCGAUGGCCCAAUGUUUCAUCCUAUUGUAACAACCAUCAGCUGUGGAUCUCAUACUCUUCUCGACUUUUACAAAAAUUCGGAGAGCUCGGAGAUACAACAACGUUCUUUAGAGUUCAGUUUUCUACUAGAACGUAGAAGUUUAUUAAUUCUCCAAGGAGAUUUGUACCAUCAUUAUUUACAUUCAAUUGCAGAAAGGGAUACAGACAUUAUUUCGACAUCUCUGGUAAAAAAUUUAAAUAUAUGCGGCGAUGAGUUUACGGAGGGACAAACAUUGCAACGAGAUGUCAGAUUAUCUUUAACGAUCAGACAUGUUCCUAAAACUACCAAAUUGAAAUUAAAAAUUGGAUAAUACACUAUAUAUGUUAGGUAUACAUAUACAUUUUUUAAGUACAUAACAUUCAUUAUUAAUAUUCUUUCCAUUUUUUAUUAUGUAAUACUUAUAAGCACAUUGAUAUGUGCUUUGGCGGGCAGUGGAAGUUUGUAAAUAUUUGUUUAAAAAAUUAUAUGAACUUAAGCAUACAUUUAUGUACACGAUAUAUGUUUAAAUCGCUAUGUGUCAGAUUUGGGAGGUAUUGAAGUAUCAGUGUCCUCGUAAUUUUCUAAACUCACAUCCAUUAUUUCUUUGUCACAUUCAUCCAGCAUUCCUUGCAACGAAUGUAUAGAAGAUAUCAAUACAUGGAAUUGUUUACGCCUCA